AGUUUACCUUCUCCUCUUGGAAGUUAACGAUUGGCGAGAUCUUGGCUGCGUUAUUGACACAACACUUUCUAUUGAUAGAAAUAAGUAGUGAUUGUCCCUGUGUCAUUGGUGCGCCAAGAACUCUGCGAUGGGCUGGCAGGAGUCCAUUGGGCUGGGUAGGCAGGUUCGGCUGGUGAUGCUGGGGAGGAGGAGGAGGAGGCUGCUGGUGGUGAUGGUGCCCGUCCCCCUCUCCGCAGGUCUGUGACAAGCAGGGAACAAGGCAACGACAGCGCAGCCCAGCCCGGGCUGACGGACGUUGGCGUCUCAGACAUGGACAGUAGCUACCACAACGCGACUGCCAAAAUGUUAGCGACAGCUCCGGCCCGGGGCAACGUGAUGAGCACCUCCAAACCCUUGGCUUUCUCCAUCGAACGAAUCAUGGCUCGCACCCCCGAGCCCAAGGCCCUGCCAGUCCCCCACUUCCUGCAUGGAGCCGUGCCCAAGGGGGACUCCAAGCACUCUCUCCAUCUUAACUCGUCGAUCCCUUGCAUGAUCCCCUUCGUGCCUGUGGCGUACGACUCGAGCCCCAAGGUUGGAAUGACGGGCUCGGAGCCGCGGAAGGCGAGUCUGGAGGCUCCGGCGGCGCCAGCAGCUGCGGCCGCGGCGGCCACAGCGCCCGCGUUCAGCUGUAGCGAUCUGCUUAACUGCGCACUGAGUCUCAAGGGUGACCUGGCCCGCGACGCGCUGCCGCUGCAGCAGUACAAGCUGGUAAGGCCGCGUGUGGUCAACCAUUCUUCCUUCCACGCCAUGGGAGCCCUGUGCUACCUGAAUCGAGGUGAUGGCCCGUGCCACCCGGCGGCAGGCGUUAACAUCCACCCGGUGGCCUCCUACUUCCUCAGUUCCCCUUUGCACCCGCAGCCAAAAACGUAUUUAGCCGAAAGGAAUAAACUGGUGGUCCCGGCGGUGGAGAAGUACCCCUCGGGAGUAGCUUUCAAAGACUUGUCCCAGGCUCAACUGCAGCAUUACAUGAAAGAAAGCGCCCAGCUUCUGUCGGAAAAAAUCGCGUUUAAAUCCUCUGACUUCAGCCGAGGCUCUCCUAAUACCAAACCCAAAGUUUUCACUUGCGAAGUGUGUGGAAAGGUCUUUAAUGCGCACUAUAACUUAACCCGUCACAUGCCGGUGCACACAGGAGCCAGACCCUUCGUUUGCAAAGUGUGUGGAAAGGGUUUCCGUCAGGCCAGCACUCUGUGCAGGCACAAGAUCAUUCACACCCAGGAAAAACCUCACAAAUGUAACCAGUGUGGCAAAGCAUUUAAUAGAAGUUCCACUUUAAACACGCAUACCCGAAUACAUGCCGGCUACAAACCGUUUAUAUGUGAAUUUUGUGGCAAAGGAUUUCAUCAAAAAGGGAAUUACAAAAAUCACAAGCUGACCCACAGCGGGGAGAAGCAGUUCAAGUGCAAUAUCUGCAACAAGGCUUUCCACCAGGUUUACAACCUAACCUUCCACAUGCACACCCACAACGACAAGAAGCCUUUCACCUGCCCCACGUGCGGCAAGGGCUUUUGCAGGAACUUUGACCUCAAGAAGCACGUCCGCAAGCUGCACGACAGCAGUCUGGGGCUGGCCCGCACGGCUGCCUGGGAGCCGAGCUCCGACCAGCAGCCGGCUCAACAGCAGCCAACGCCCGCGGCGACGCUGCCCUCUCUGCCCCCCCAGCUGCCAGCCCCUGGGCCCCUGCAGCCUGGGCUCCAUCCGAGCCACCAGUGAUCUUGGCCAAAGUCCUUUCCCAGCUUCAGCCAGGGUCCCCACUACUGAGCUAACGGCAGAGUAGAGCUGGACCUACAGAUCCAAGCUGGUUUGCAGAACCUAGGGCAUGUUGGGCCCCACACAGCACCGACCAGAAGCCUUUGAAUUGUCCAGCCUUUCCUCUUGCAUGCACCUGCUAAAUGUUUUUGUCUUAUAUUCUAUAUAGGCAUUAACAAGUAUGAAAACAAUUGGGGUUUUGUUUUUCUGAGUUUUUUAAUUUGGAAAAACUUUUCCUCUUGGGUGGAGAGAUGGUGUUUGUUUUGUUUUUUAAAAACACAGUUCUGCUGUAUUUAUUGAGAUCUGUAUUAUCCUACCCGGGAAUGCUGCACCAUUUUAAUUUUAUUAUUGUAUAUACUUCCACUGUGUUGAUUCUGUGGUCUCAAGAUGCCUGCUGAUUGUUUAUAAUCAUUUCCUCUUUCCCCAAAGUAAGAAAACACUGUGUGUAUGUUAUAUAUACACAUGCAUAGAUGAGUGUACCUAUAAAGGCACAUUCUAUACUGAACACACACACAUACACAUCAGAUAAGUGUGGUUUAUUAUGGAUGAAUUUGAAUUUUGGUUUUGAUUCUUGCACGUGAAAAUUGAUUCAAUGACUGUUGGAAAUAAAUACUUGGAAUGUGCUUAUCUAAUUAACA